AUGCGGCCCACCACGUGGUUAGCGAUUUGCUCGGCGGUGGCGCUGGCGUCUGCUCCCACGGAAGCGGCCAACAUCCUGGCUGCUACAUCCUUCCCCGGCCGCAGCCACUUCAUCAUGUUUCGCCGCCUCUUCAAGGCGCUGGCCUCCAGAGGCCACAACGUCACUGUCGUCGGCCAUUACCCCCUGGACUCUCCGAUGGAGAACUACACCGACAUAAGCUUCAAAGGAGACGUCCCAGAAGCUGACAAUAAUAUGCCCUCGGCCGUCAUCAACCUGCUGCGGAUGCCGUUCAUGGGGCCCGUCUUCCUGAAGAACAUCAACCGGCAGCUGUGCGCGAAGGUGUACGACCUGCCGCAGAUGCGGCGGCUCGCCAGCUCCGGGUCGCGGUUCGACCUCGUCAUCUCCGAGGACUUCGUCCACGACUGCAUGGCGGCGCUGGCGCACAAGUUCCGCGCGCCGCUGGUCGCCAUCAGUUCCAGCAUGGCCCUCAACGGCGCGCACGACAGGGUGGGUAACCCCGACCACCCCGCCUACACGGAGCAGUGUCUGGUGCCCCUGAAGGCGCCGUUUAGCUUCUGGGAGAGGGUGUACAGUACGGUGAUGCACGUCUACGUGAGAGCCGUCGACUGGCUGAUGUCGGGUGGUUACGUCGACCAGAAGCUGCGCGAGGUGCUGGGAGCCGACACGCCGCCGCUGGAGCAGAUCAUCCGCAACACCAGCCUGGUGCUGGUCAACAGCCACUGGAGCGUCGACCAGCCCGUCCCCAGCGUGCCGGCGUUCGUCGAGGUCGGCGGACUGCACGUCGAGGACCCCAAGCCCCUGCCGCAGGAUCUGCAGAGUUUUCUGGAUAAUAGUCCUCAGGGAGUGAUCUACUUCAGCUUCGGUUCCCUGGUGCAGCCUGACGAUUUGCCAGAGGAGAAGUUUACAGCAAUUCUCGACGCUUUGGCGUCGGUGCCUCAGAACGUCCUCUGGAAAGUAGACCCAGCUGCCCUGCCGCACCUGCCACGCAACGUGCGAGCUCAGAAGUGGAUGCCUCAGAACGACGUCCUCUAUCACCCGAACGUGCGCGUGUUUAUAACGCACGGCGGACUGCUGGGGACGCAGGAGGGCAUAAUGGCGGGCGUGCCGCUGCUCGUCGUUCCGUUGUUUUCCGACCAGGAGCUGAACGGGGUGAGGGUGGCGGCUGCGGGCAACGGCGUCCGCGUCCGCUACGAGGAUCUCACAUUCCAGGCGCUGCGGACUGCCAUCGAUACUCUGGUCAACGAUACCAGGUACAGCGAGCGGGCGAAGGAGCUGUCUUCGCUGUACAGGGACCGCCCUCGGCCGCCGCUGGAGGAGGCUGUGUACUGGGUGGAGUACGUGCUACGCCACAGGGGCGCCCCACACCUCCGCUCCGCCGCGCUCGAUCUCGCCUGGUACCAGUACCUGCUCCUAGAUGUCGCGGCCUUCGUCGUAGCAGCGGCAUCUCUCCCACUACUGGCGCUGCACUUCAUCGUCCGGAAAGUGGUCCGAUCACACAAGAACGAUAAGAAAGCGAAGAAAGAGUGAAUGCACGCUCAGGGAUCGCAGUCGUCAAGGUUUCUGCGUUUGUGAGAGUCGAAGGAUUAUUGACGAGUUUGUGAAUGCCAGUAAACUUAGGAAAAGUGAGCAUUCUUUGUGCAAAAAUGUACACCGAUGACCUGCAUACGAGUUAGCUUAGCAUGUUUCGUAGAGGCGUCGGCUAUCGCUUCUUUUUGUGUUGGAGAAAAACUACCAGCAAAGUGAACUGAAGGCCUUCCGAUCCUGGGAACGCCGUCGUGUUUACUCUCUAGAAGAAGGGAGGAGGGAUAGUAACAGAGCGUGCUCCAGCAAUCUUACAAGUGCAGCGUUGUCACACCCUACAGUUCUAUACGUCAAAAGGCCUGCACAGCACAGUAAUUCAACGCAGACUGGCACUUUUAUUUCAAAAUGCUCCUCGCACACCACCACUUAGCUAGUAUCUUUUCACAGUCUAAUAUAUAUAAAUACAUGUUCGUCUAAACAUACUGCCCGACAAAAAAAGUAACACAAAAGAGGACGAGGAAACAAAAUAAAACUCAGCGAAUUAAGAGCUUACGUGUUGUUGUUUCAGCGAUUACAAAAUCAAGUCGAAUUUACGAGGAAUUUAGAAGCAGCAGCACACUUAUAACGUUGCGCUCCAUCUGGACAGGAUGCAUUCACCGGUUUGGUUGGAAAGAUGUCACAAAGUCACUGUAUUGUCUCCAGAGGUAGGCUGGCCCAAAAAUGCUGCAACUGGUCGUCGAUAUCCUGGCUAUUGGUGCUAGGAUGGAGUUGAUGUGCGAGCUGGUCCAAACUGUUUCGUAUCGGGGACCAACUUGGGGAUUUUGCUGGUUCAAAUGGUUCAAAUGGCUCUAAGCACUAUGGGGCUUAACAUCAGAGGUCAUCAGUCCCCUAGACUUAGAACUACUUAAACCUGACUAACCUAAGGACAUCACACACAUCCAUGCCUGCAGGAUUCGAACCUGCGACCAUAGCAGCAGCGUGGUUCCGGACUGAAGCGCCUAGAACCACUCGGCCACAGUGGCCGGCGAUUUUGCUGGUCACAGGAAUAUCUCCGGAUUUCUUUCCUGAGUAGACAAGCAACGUCCCGUUGAUAAGUGGUACCACGAAACAGUCACAUGAGAGGUAACACAUGAUGAAACAGGAUGCAUGUGAGAUCCCACUGCGCCGUCAGAGUUCCUUCAGUUACCACCAGUGUAACGUUAAGUCAUACCCAGUGGCUCCCUACAUGAUGAAGCAAGGAGUAACAGCACCGUACGUCUUCUAGGCCACUACCUACCCGCCGACGAUGGUCAUCAGUGGCAAUGCAGAACUGCGAUUCACCGUGCGAAACCAUUUACCAACAAUUCAUGCAUCCCAGUCGCUGCGUCACUCGAAACGCGGCCGUUUGUGUUGUGGUGUUAACGUCAGCGGGGACGGUAACUGCCAAGUGCAGCUGCUGCUAGUCUGGUACCAAUG